AUGAAGAUCCAAAUUGUAUUUGGAGCAUUAAUGUGCGUAAUUGCAUGUUUGGGACAAGAAUCGGUUCCUGAAGAAAUAAUGGAGGACGAAAGACUAUUUGACGAACGAUCUAAAAAUUCAGCUGUGGACAAGGUUAAACCAAACAUUUUGCCUUUCUAUAAAAGAUCCUGCUGUCCAAGAAGAAAUGGAAUGUCCAUCAACCUCGCUACUGGAACAUUUUCAGGGAGCGUAGAAGGUGUAUCAUCGCCGACAUUUCAGGAUCAAACAUCAACGAAGGCCAAAUGUAGGUACAUGGCGACUCUGCGGGCCAACUUUCAAAACCUCACAAGAUGUCUUUAUGACUGGCACCAGGACGGAUGUGUGUCCUUUCCAAUGUGCAAAAGGCGCAUGCUCAGAAUCGAUAUGUUCUUGGGAGAGGAUAGAAAGGGAUACAUGUUCAAUGUGGGAGAUAGCCAAAGUAAUAAUGGAUGGGGUGGAGACUCUGGUCAUACAAAACAUGAUGCGGAAAUCUUCGGCUAUUAUCCUACCAUUCGUGGAUAUAAAUCUGAUUUUUGCAAAUCCGAGAAGUCAACCUGGGCAAACACACUUUUAAAACCCGGUGUCAGAAGAGUGACCAUUUUUGCUGCCAACAACUACGCCAGAAUUACCAAUGACAACGGAUUCGAAGUGAAGGGUUGCCACAAGUGUGCAUUUGCUCUCAAUGGACAAGACCCAGAUGACCGUGCUAACACGCUAUACAUGGCCUUUAACAGGGUGAUCGCGGCUAGCAAUAGACGAGGAGUUGGGGUGUGUACCGUUAGAAUCCGCUGGGAGUGUCCAGAUUGUGAGAGAUCUAUUUUCCCAUUUCCUCUAGGUGAUAAAGCAGCUGAUGUUGAAUAACUCCUUUCUUGGCCGACUUUUUGUUUUUUAUGUGUGAUCCAAAUCUAUUACAUAUCUUCAUUUUUUAGAAGAAGUUUUAAAAUACAACCAAGUAAAAAAAAUAUUGUAAAAGGUAAAAAUCAUGCUUUAAAGUUGAAUUGAAUUAUAUAAAUAUUGAAUAAAUUACUUUUGUCAAAACAAAUUUCGUCUGUUUACACUAUUAAAAAGUAUUGUUUAACUCAAUGACUAUUUAUUUCUUCAGCAAUAUAAGUGUUUUAAGAUAAAGCUGUUUAGACCGAAACUGUUGUGACCAUUAUGUUGUUUUUUUGUUAAAUAUAUAAUACUCUAGGUAUGAUUUGUUGUAACACAUGUGUAAAAACCAAGAUUCAUAGGUAGAUUUGAAUCAGAUUUCAUUUUUUUUGAAUAAACAAUUAAUUAUAAUUAUACAAUGCAUAAAUCUUAAAUUUCUAAAAUGAUUUUCUGUACAGCACUGGUUUCCAAUUUUUUGGUGAAAGAUUAUAAUUCAGAAAUU